AUGAGGCACCCCAAUUUCAUCUCCUUCACCCCUCGCCAAGCCACCCUCUUGGCCCUUUGCUCCCUUCCCCUUCUCCUCCUAUACGAGGCCCACAGCUUCGUGUCUCGAACCAAAACCGUAGCCGGCCACAACUUGGACCCGACCCCUUGGCACGUUUUCCCCUCGACCUCCCCCGACCAACAAUCCACGCUCUCGAGAGCCUCCACAAUCGUCCGUUGCACGUACCUCGUCUGUUCCGACGACAACGACGACAACAAGAACCUCCCGCCCGACAUGGUGGGCCCCACCAAAAUCGAGCGGCCGAAUAAAUGCCCGAGUUUUUUCCAAAACAUACGGGCGGACCUCAGCCCGUGGGAGGCAACCGGGAUCUCGUCCAACCACGUGGCGGAGGCCCGAAAGCACGCCGCUUUCCGAGUGGUGAUAGUCGGAGGGGCUUUGUACGUGGAUUUUUACUACGCGUGCGUGCAGAGCCGAGCCAUGUUCACGGUAUGGGGAAUUCUGCAGUUGUUGAGGAGGUAUCCGAGUCGGGUACCGGACGUGGAUAUGAUGUUCGACUGCAUGGACAAGCCGACUAUCAACCGGACGGUACAUGCGGACGUGCCUCUACCGUUGUUUAGGUAUUGCACGACGAGCCAACACUUUGACAUCCCGUUUCCCGAUUGGUCGUUUUGGGGUUGGUCAGAAAUAAACAUCGGGCCAUGGGAAGAGGAGUUCAAGAGAAUAAAAGAAGGUUCUAGAAGACGAAGGUGGGUGAGCAAACGGCCCUUCGCCUAUUGGAAAGGAAACCCAGACGUUGUCUCUCCCGUUCGCACCCAACUGCUCGAGUGUAACGAUACCCAGAAAUGGAAUGCACAAAUAAUGCGUCAGGACUGGGGAGCAGCCGCCCGAGGUGGUUUUGAGGACUCUAAGUUGGCUAAGCAGUGUGCUCAUCGAUACAAAAUCUACGCCGAAGGCUACGCUUGGUCCGUAAGCAUGAAGUACAUACUCUCGUGCGGUAGCUGCACGUUAAUCAUCGCCCCACAAUACCAAGACUUCUUUAGCCGCGGCCUUGCGCCACACGUGCACUAUCUCCCGAUCCCUUCCGAAGACAUUUGCCCGGCCAUCAAAUUCGCGGUCGACUGGGGCAACUCGUACCCGUCUGAAGCCGAGUCGAUCGGGCGGGCGGGUCAGGAGUUCAUGGCGGGACUUACCAUGGACCGUGUUUAUGACUACAUGUACCACUUGCUCGUGAAAUACUCAAGUCUACAAAGGUUUGAGCCCGCCCGGCCAUCGAGCGCCGCGCGAGUUUGUGAAGAGUCUGUGCUUUGUUUUGCGGACGAGAAGCAAAAGGAGUGGCUUCAGAGGUCGGUGGCUUCGCGUGCCUUCGAUCCACCGUGCUCGAUGGAUGUUAGUUAG